GCCAAGAUGGCGGCGGAGCUGGUGGAGGCGAAGAACAUGGUAAUGAGUUUUCGAGUGUCAGAUUUGCAAAUGCUCCUGGGAUUUGUUGGGCGCAGUAAAAGUGGCUUGAAACAUGAACUGGUCACACGGGCUCUACAGCUGGUACAGUUUGAUUGCAGCCCAGAGGUUUUCAAGAAAAUUAAAGAGCUUUAUGAAACUCGCUACGCAAAGAAAGGCACAGAGGCAAUCUCCCAAGCUCCACCCCAGCCUAUCACAUCACAUCGUGCACCUGAGUCUUUGUCUAUUCACCCAUCCUAUGACCACGGAGUCUCUGGACCCAGGACUUCUCUUUCUACACCUAAUAUAGACUACCCAUCUUUGUAUGGGAAACAUGUUAAUGGGCUCUCAAGGUUGCCUCCAAAAGUUAUUACCAAGCCUGAGGUGCGAUUGGUCAAGUUGCCUUUCUAUGAUGUGGUGGAUGAACUCUUAAAGCCAACUGAGCUGGUUGCUCAGAACAAUGAAAAGUUGCAAGACAGUCCAUGUGUUUUCGUCCUGUCCCCAAGGCAAGUGGACUUGAUCAAGAACUCCAGGGAUUUGCACCCUGGAACCAAAUCUGUUCAAGUUGUUCUAAGGAUUUGUUACACAGACACGAGCUGUCCACAGGAAGAUCAAUAUCCUCCCAAUGUUGCUGUGAAGGUUAAUCAUAAUUACUGCUCUGUUCCGGGAUACUACCCUUCAAAUAAACCUGGUGUGGAACCUAAAAGACCAUGUCGUCCCAUUAACCUAACAAACCUCAUGUAUCUCUCAUCUGCUAGCAACCGAGUCACAGUCACUUGGGGUAAUUAUGGCAAGAGUUAUUCUGUGGGUUUAUACUUAGUGAGACAAAGAACUUCUUCCGAGCUAUUACAGAGAUUGAAAACCAUUGGUGUGAAACACCCAGAGCUCUGCAAAACCCUUGUGAGAGAGAAGUUACGCCUUGAUCCUGAUAGUGAAAUUGCAACAACAGGGGUCAGAGUGUCUCUUAUCUGUCCGCUGGUAAAGAUGCGUUUAACUGUGCCGUGCCGAGCUGAGACUUGUGCUCAUCUUCAGUGUUUUGAUGCAGUUUUUUACUUGCAAAUGAAUGAAAAGAAACCAACCUGGACAUGCCCUGUGUGUGACAAACCUGCCCUUUAUGAUCAGCUUAUCAUUGAUGGGCUUUUGUCCAAAAUUCUCAGUGAGUGCAAAGAUGCAGAUGAGAUUGAGUUCCUUGCAGAUGGAUCCUGGUGUCCAAUUAAAGCAGAGAAGGAAAGAAGUAGUAGUCCUGUAUGUCCAAUCCUUGUGCUGGGCUCUCAAGACAUGAUGGCAAAACUUCCUCCUCCAAGCAGCACAGUGUCAAGUGAGAAUGGAAAGCCUGGCCCUGAUGUGGUGGAUCUGACUUUGGACAGCAGUUCGUCUUCAUCCUCCUCCUCUGACGAAGACGAAGAAGAGGAGGAGGAGGAACGGCCACCACAGAAAAGACGCUGCUUUGAGAAAGGACUCUUAUCAGCUUGUUGACUUUUAGCUGUCUUCAGUCAGACUUACAUCUAUGAACAGCAGAGACAUGAGUCAGAUGCGGCAGAGUCCUUUCUUACCAAAAGCUUUAUGCAUCACUACUUUCACCAUGCCUCCCCAUAUGUCGAACCCCAGAAGAGUAGUAGUGACACUCUGUGCAGCUGCAAAGGGAUUAACUUAGCCUUCUUGUUUUCUUAACUUUCUUAGGUUUGGUUUUGGUAGGUGGACAAGGAGGCAAACAGAAGAAAUAUUUGGCCAUUUACUGGCAACUUUCCUCCUUUUUGCUGCUACUGAUGAGUAGAUCAUAAUUACUUUUACUUUUGUUAGCUCCUUGGUGCAAUCUGGUUCUGGGGUUUUAACUGUCCGAAAUGCCUGACCAAUGGAGAGAGCAUUGGAUGAGGUGAUUGUUUUUGGGAAAGUGGGGUCGUAGAAAUGUAUUGAGUUGUAAAUAUUUACACAUAAAUAGGAGGAGUGAUGACAUCUUCAUUAAGACUAGGAAGUUCAGAAGCAGUUAAUAUAGUCUCUCUUUUGCAGGAGAGCAGUAAUGGUUCCUCUUUUAUCCCGUAUUCUUUUUAGUGAUAUGCAAAAAGCGGGGUGUGUUUAUAAUCUUUAGGGGCUAUGUGGGGGCGGGGAGGGUUUAUGCCACGCUUUCAAUCCAACUACCUCUAUGCUAUUCAGGUUUUGUUUCUCUGCUAGAUAAGUGGAAUGGGGUUAAUGCUGCUCUGGACACUAUCUUCCUCCUCUCCAUCCUCUGCUUUUGUAUUACUCAUCAGCUUCUUUCCCUUAAUACAAGAUUCUAAAAGCUGCUUCCCCUCACAAUAAUCGUAUUUCUUCUUUUCCACCGUGAAUUAAUUAUUCAUUAAAAUUGCUAACUUCACAUGCAAGAGA